AUGAGCAAUAAAACCUUUAAAAAAGAGAGAAGAGAAAUAGGCAUCAAAAUUGAUAAGAUAACAGAUGUCACAAAUGUAGAUUUUCCAGGUCAUUUUUAUGGAGAAGAAUAUUCAUGGGAUAUUGAAGAAUUCAAAAAGAAAUUUCGAAUUGAAAAUAUAGUUCAAUUAUCAGCUUAUAAUAUAGAAUUUGACCUUAUUGGGAUUGAUAGUUCAAUUGUGAAUUCAUUUCGUAGAAUAUUAAUAGCAGAAAUACCUACAAUAGCAGUUGAAUAUGUUUUUAUUAAUAAUAAUACAAGUAUUAUUCAAGAUGAAAUUCUUGCACAAAGAUUAGGAUUAAUUCCUAUUAAAGCAAAUCCGGAUUUCUUUACAUGGUUUAUUAAACCUGGUGAAAAUCAAGAACCUAAACCUACAGAUUAUGAUACAGUUGUUUUAUCACUUAAAGUAUCUUGCACUAGAAAUCCUAAAGCAUCUAAGAAUGAAACAGAUCCUGAAAAGUUGUAUAUUAAUUCUAAAGUUUAUAGUGGAGAUAUCCAAUGGCAACCAGCUGGUCGUCAAAUUGAGAUUUUUAAAGAUGAUCCAAUAAGAGCUGUACAUGAUAAAAUAUUAAUUGCAAAAUUACGUCCUGGACAGGAAAUUGAUCUUACUAUGCAUUGUGUAUUAGGAAUUGGUCAAGAUCAUGCAAAAUAUAGUCCUGUAUCAACAUCAUCUUAUAGGCUUUUGCCAACGAUUCAUAUUUUAGAACCAAUUUAUGAUGAUGAUGCUGAGAAAUUUGCAUGUUGUUUUCCAGAAGGUGUUAUAGAUAUCGUUUUAGAUGAACAAAAUAGAAAAAUUGCCAAAGUAGCAAACACAAGAAAAGACACUGUUUCUAGAGAAUGUCUUCGUUAUAAUGAGUUCAAAGAUAAAGUAAAACUUGGACGAGUACGAGAUCAUUUUAUUUUUAGUAUUGAAAGUACUGGUAUUAUUACAUCUGAUGAAUUAUUUUUAAAAAGUAUAUAUGUUUUAAAAGAGAAAUGUUUAUUAAUCAAAAGUGUUUUGCAAGAUACAUCAUAA